AACGCUGCUGUCGCCGAGAAAACAUCGCUCUAAAACUGAAAUAAACUGCAAUUUGAAGUACAACAAAACAAUAGGGAAUUAGGGAAUUAUUCGGUGCGGACGGAGAAACAAAACGAUUGUGUGAACGAUUUUGAAACGACUCUGCAAUGCCACGCCCAUUGAAAAUGAGCUACGGUGAUCAGAAGCCCCCAUACUCGUACAUAUCAUUAACGGCCAUGGCCAUAAUACACUCGCCGCAACGACUGCUGCCGCUCAGUGAGAUAUAUCGAUUUAUAAUGGAUCAGUUCCCCUACUACCGGAAGAAUACGCAAAAAUGGCAAAACUCAUUGCGGCACAAUCUGAGCUUCAACGAUUGCUUCAUCAAGGUGCCACGGAAUGUGACCAAGGCCGGCAAGGGCUCCUACUGGACGCUCCAUCCCAUGGCCUUCGAUAUGUUCGAGAAUGGCAGCCUGCUGCGGCGGCGAAAGCGUUUCCGUGUCAAGCAGCUCGAGAAGGAUAUAUCAAACUGGAAAUUAGCCGCCGCCAAUACAGAGAUGGUGACCCACUACCUGGACGACCAGCUAACGCAGCUGGCACUGGCCGAUCCAGUGCGGCAUGGUCAUGUGCUUGGCAAUGCAACUGCUGCUGUUACUGCUGCUGCUGCUCAAAUGUCGCCCUACAAGGCUGCGCCGCCGAUCCUGCCGACGACUGUGACCCAACUUCCGGUGCGACCAAAGCGUGCCUUCACCAUUGAGAGUCUGAUGGCUCCGGAUCCGGCAAGUUCGCCAAGUGAGGGAUUAGUGCCCAUGGAGUACGGCAGUGCAGAUGCCGUCGCUAUGGAAAAGCCGCCGUUCAAUUUGCCCUUCAAUUUCAACGAACUCGCCGCGCAUUAUCAGUUGUACUUGCCAAGUUUUUUCUACAACGGCCAAUAUGGCAACAUACCUUGCUACCAGAAAACACCGCCGCUUUUUCAUAAUGGCCCGUUGCCCGUUUUUUGAUUCAAAAAGUUAUAGUUAAACUAGAGUUAAAGCAUGCUAUGUCUAAAACAUACUCACUAGUGGUCCUAUUAUUGUAAUCUUAUGUUAUUUACUUGUGUACUCAUCGUAUUUAAACAAAACCGUAUUGUAAUCAGUUGAGUUUGGAUGAUCUCUAAAGUCAAUAAAGAACUGCCCAUAAUCGUAUUAA